AUGACCAAAGCUAUGCUCUCUGAACCUUUAUUGGAGAUUAAAAACAGGUUAAGGAAGUCUAGUAAAGAAUUAUCUCAAUUGAAGUUAUUCCAGAGUGCUAGAUGGUCUUCAGAAGCUUUGACCGGGAUGUGCGAGAUCCCUGAAGAGCAAGAGGUUAAAGAAUUUGAUGAUGAAUCUCCUCUAAAGAAUAGAACUUCAAUUACAGCUACAAAUUCGUUUCUUGAACGUGGUUUUCAAGAAGCAGAACAUUUAGAGGAUAAACAGUAUGAUUUGUUUCUGUUAGCGUCGAAUUUGUUUGACUGUAAGGAAUAUGACCGCUGUGCUUACUUCCUAAGGAACGAGAAGCACCCAAGGUUGAAGUUUUUACGUUUAUACAGUCGAUUUCUGUCGUGGGAUAAGAAGACUCAGGAGUCCAGUUCCGAUGUUUUGACUAAACCUGCUGAUAUUUCGCAGAAGGAUCCGGCGGCGGGCACUAACGUUGAUGAUUGGGUUGAUGAUAGGAACUCUGUCACAAAGAGGGCAGCGAAUAUACAGUCACAAAUGGUCUUUGAUUUAGGGACUGGUGAAAAGAUAAGUAUAACUUUGAUUUCGCGGGAGCUUGAGUCGUAUUUGAUAGAGAUUCAGCAGACAGACUCCACCGCGAAAUCGGGACUAGGAUUUGCGCUUCUUUACUAUCUACGAGGAAUACUAGAGAAGAAGCAAGGGUUGGCGAGUGAGGCUAUUAAGUCUCUUGUAAAGUCUUUAGAACUUUAUCCGUUCAAUUGGACGUGCUGGUGCGAAUUAUCUACGUGUAUUACGCGAACGGAUGAGUCUCUAUUACUCUUAAAACAUCUCCGCGACAUGUUUCCUUUGGAUGAGCAUGAUAAGGAUGGGAAUUCCAUUAUGUUGAGAUUUUUUAAGAUAUACAUUUUCAAGGAUUUUGGUGGCGAAUUUGAGAAUUUUAUGGAUGAACUGGAUUACUUGCUGAAUAUAUUUCCCAACUUCUCCUUCUUAAAAUCGGAGCUAGCAUUAAUCAAUUACCAUUAUAUGGACUAUGCGAACGCCGAGCUGAUUUUCGACGAAAUCGUGAAAUUAGAUCCCUACAGACUAGAUGACCUAGACACAUAUUCAAACAUCCUUUACGUGAUACAAAAGCCGCAUAAACUAGCAUACUUGUCUCAGUUUGCGGCUGAUGUAGACGCUUACAGACCAGAAACAUGCUGUAUCAUUGCUAACUACUUUAGCGCAAAGCAGCAACAUGAGAAAGCCAUCAUGUAUUUUCGCAGGGCGUUAACACUAAACAAGACCUGCACGAAUGCAUGGACGUUGAUGGGCCAUGAGUUUGUGGAGAUGAAAAACUCACACGCUGCAAUUGAAUGCUAUCGGAGAGCUGUAGACAUUAAUCCAUGUGACUUUAAAGCUUGGUACGGGUUGGGUCAGGCAUAUGAAGUCUUGGAUAGACACCUGUAUGCAUUGUACUAUCUACAAAAAGCCUGUUCUUUGAAACCUUUGGACAAAAGAAUGUGGCAGGCUCUCGCAAAUUGCUAUGAUAAGCUAGAUAGACCAAACCAGGCAAUUAAAUGUUUCCAAAGGGCAUCACAACUAUCAAAUGACCAGGAUAUCACCAUCCUUUUUUACCUCGCAACACUGUAUGAACGCGUGCAAGAUGCAAUAUCCUGCAAAAAUUACAUGUUAAAAUGUAUUGAGGUAGAGGAAGCCAACCAAGGCGUGUUAUUAGAUGAGUGCGCCAAGGCCAGACUAUGGCUUGCAAGGCAUGAAGUUAAACAUAGAAACUUUCCAGCCGCGUACAAUUAUGCUAGCGGCGUCACACACGGAACUUCACAAGAAAUUGAAGCGGCUAGAGUAAUAGCCAGGGAAUGUCGGAAAAGAAUGGAGUAUCAGUAA